AUGAGGAUGAGGAGGGAGCGUGGGGCCUCCCUUGCGGUCCCUCUUUGCUGCCACCCUCGUCACGUGCAGCCCGUGGAGUCGGUGCUGCCCACCCCCGGGGAGGAGGAAGCAGGGGGUGGAGAGAACUGGAACAAGAGUUUCCAUUUCAUGAUAGGAUUUCAAAACGAGAAAAGGUUCAGAACAUCUGUAGCUGCGCUCAAGGAAGUGGCUGCAGGGCUGAAGUGGAGGGAAAUGACCGUGUGUGGCUGCUGCUCUUGCAGCCUCGCGAGCGUGGUCGGUGACCAGCCGUAUCUAAACGUAAAAGAAGAUUGCAAAGCCAUGGCUUUCUGUGCAAAAAUGAGGAGCACAAAGAAGAGCGAGGUGAACCUGGAAGCUCAGCAUCAGGGUUUGGAAAUACUCUUCUACCUGCAAGAUAAAAAUCCCAUUUGCUACACCAGUGGGGAGUUUACCUCGGAGGAGCUGUGCAUUGAAGCUGCCCAGAGAUGUUCUAUCUCUCCUCUGUGCCAUAAUCUCUUUGCCCUGUAUGAUGAAAGCAAAAAACUCUGGUAUGCACCAAACCAGGUUUUUAAGAUAGAUGAAAAAACAUCACAGCGGCUCCAUUAUCGCAUGAGAUACUACUUUACAAACUGGCAUGGGACUAGUGAAAAUGAACCCUCAGUGUGGAGGCAUUCCCCAAGGAAGCCAAAGAACUCUUUUGAGAAGAAGCUGGCACCAGAAGGAACCCCUAUACUGGAUGCAAACUCAUUGGAAUACAUCUUUGCACAGGGUCAGUAUGACUUGGUGAAAGGCCUGGCACCAAUCCGUGAUCCUAAGAAUGAUCAAGAGGUCCAUGAAAUUGAGAAUGAGUGUCUGGGGAUGGCUGUCCUUGCAAUCUCUCACUAUGCCAUCAAGAAAAACGUGAAGCUUCCAGAACUCCCCAAAGAUAUCAGCUAUAAGCAUUAUAUUCCUGAAACUUUGAACAAGACUAUCAGACAGAGGAAUUUCCUCACCAGGAUUCGGAUAAACAACGUUUUCAAGCAUUUCCUGAAAGAGUUUAACAACAAAACCAUUUGUGACAGUAACGUGUCUCCACGUGAUCUCAAAGUGAAAUACUUAUCAACCAUGGAGACCUUGACCAAACAUUAUGGAGCAGAAAUUUUUGAGACUUCAGAUUUGCUGAUUUCAUCUGAGAAUGAAAUAAAUCGAUUUAAUUGUGGUGACAGUGAGAGCCUCCCACUCUAUGAGGUCAUUGUCACAGGAAACAAUGGGAUUCAGUGGAGGCUCAAGCCAAAUUCUCUACAGACAGAGAAAGAGAAGAAAAAAAAGUCUGAUGGCAAAACCAAAAAGGAUGAAGAAAAACACAAAAUUCGAGACUUGUGGAACAAUUUUUCCUAUUUUCCUGAAAUCACCCACAUUGUUAUCAAGGAGUCUACAGUUAGCAUUAACAAGCAGGAUAACAAAAGGAUGGAAUUGAAGCUGUCCUCCCAUGAUGAGGCCCUGUCCUUUGCGUCGUUGAUAGAUGGGUACUUCAGACUGACAGCAGAUGCUCACCAUUAUCUCUGCACAGAUGUGGCUCCUCCACUCAUUGAGCACAACAUAAAAAAUGGAUGCCAUGGACCCAUUUGCACGGAAUAUGCCAUCAACAAACUGCGCCAGGAAGGGAACGAGGUGGGGAUGUAUGUGUUGAGAUGGAGCUGCACAAACUUCAACCACAUUCUCAUGACAGUGACUUGUUUUGAAGGCUCAGAGAUGAUGAAUAACUCAGUCCCAUACAAGAACUUCCAGAUUGAGGUGAAGAAAGGGGGUUACUUCCUACAUGGAUCAAACAAGUCUUUCUCAUCCUUGAAAGAGCUGAUGGAUCAUCUGAAAGGACAGAUACUUCGAACAGACAACAUAAGCUUUACACUGAAGAGAUGCUGCCAACCAAAACCAAGAGAAAUCUCCAACUUGCUAGUUGCAACCAAGAAGGCCCAGGAAUGGCAGCCUGUGUAUUCCCUGGGGCAGCUGAGCUUCCACCGGAUCCCCAAGGAGGAGAUCCUGCAGGGUGAACACCUGGGAAGAGGGACGAAGACGCAGAUUUACUCGGGGAUCCUCAGCUACAAAGACGAGGAGAACGAAGGAUAUCAGAAUGAGAAAGAGAUGAAAGUCCUCCUCAAAGUCUUGGACCCCAGCCACAGAGACAUUUCUUUGGCAUUCUUUGAGACAGCAAGCAUGAUGAGGCAGGUGUCUCACAAGCACAUCGUGCUCCUCCAUGGAGUCUGCGUCCGUGGGGUUGAAAAUAUCAUGGUUGAAGAGUUUGUUGAAUUUGGGCCUCUGGAUCUGUUCAUGCGUCGAAAAAGUGAAGUUCUGACAACUCCUUGGAAAUUCAAAGUUGCCAAGCAACUUGCAAGUGCACUAAGCUACCUG